UCAUAAUGUUGUUUAUUUUAUUAAAAGGAUCAAGAAUGAAUGAUAUUCAUAUAGCACUUUACAACUCCAUGAAGGUACCAAAGACCUUCACAAUAAAGAAGAGAUCUAAAAUAGGAACAAAGGUUUUAAACUAAAAAUUCUAGAAUAUUUUAUUUUAGAAUAUAAUAUUCAAUCCAAAUGUUUUCAUCUACGAUCCAUGUUCUAUCAAUCUCACUCCACGCAUUUGCUCCUGGUCCGACCCUUCUAUAUAAUUGUAGAACCCAAUGUGGCCCACGGGUUAAAAUAAUUGCCCACCCCUGCUUUACAAGGAAGUGGGCGGUUCUAACUGCGGGCUUUUGGGUGCCCCCUAAAAGAUUGCGCCCUGGGCGACCGCCCACAUCGCCCAUAGAAAAAAAAUCGCCGCUGGAUGUUUGAACAUUGUGUGGAUCAGAAAACGUGUAAAAGCUUGAACACCCCCCCCCCCCCCCCUGCACUGCAGCUGAGCCGUCAGUAUCUUCAUAAUCUGCAGCCUGUCUGCUGUAAAUUAAUCAGAUACCCGUGACAGUAAAGCUGCGCGUCAGCCCUCCGUCCAUCAUGCAGCCGUGCAUCUGCGCGCAUGUCCUGAUGCUGGGGGCUCCGGGGCCCUCCUACCUGCCAGCAGCCGGUUGCCUGCGGAUGAGUGCAAUAAUCUGAACGGCGGCUUUUACUGGCUGGACUCUUUAUUGACCGGCCUCAGAUUUAGCCGCUCAUUCCCCCCUCCCUCCGUCAUCCUGUUGCCCUGCGGUCUGCCUCCAGCUGAUGAGCGCAUUGGCAGCUGCAUCAUUCCACCCUGCUGACUUAUUGGGAUUUGUUUUUUCUGCUGCCUGCUGCCCCUCGGGGUGCGUUGUGAGGCGUUGCUGGACUUUUUAAAACAUUUUUUAUUGACCGACUGGGGGGAAUCCAGCAGGAUGUUCUCAUCUUCAUCCAGAAACUCCCUGCUGUCGCCCUGGUCGUCCAUGGAGCAGACGGACUCUGAGGUUCUGGACAUCAGCACCAAGGUGCAGCUGCACGGCGUGCUGUGGAAGAGGCCCUUCGGACGACCCUCAGCCAAGUGGUCCCGCAGAUUCUUCAUCAUCAAAGACAGCUUCUUGCUCUAUUAUGGAGAGAAUGAGAAGAAAAGCUUUGAAAGCAACAGGUUCUUCAACAUCCACCCAAAGGGCGUCAUUCCUCUGGGAGGAUGCGUGGUGACUGCAAACGAGGACAUGGGCAUGCCCUUCGCCAUCGUCGUCAACCUGGAGGAUUUCACGGGAGCCGUCGUCCUGGCCGCUGAAUCUGAGGCGGAGCAGCUCCAGUGGAUGGAGAUGCUGCAGGAGUCGGGGAAAGUAACCUGGAAGAACGCCCAACUUGGGGAGGCCAUGAUCGAGAGUCUGGAGGCGCAGGGCCUCCAGCUGGCCAAGGAGAAGCAGGAGUACCUGGAUAAACUGAUGGAGGAGACGGAGGAGCUCAGCCACCAGAGAGCCCAAAGAGAGGAGCUGGAGCGUCUCAACCAGGUGCUCGAGGAGGAGAAGAUGAAGUUUGAGGAGGUGGUGCUGGAGCUGAAGGCAGAGCAGGAGCAGAUUAAACUGGACCUGGACGGCACGGCCCAGUCCCUGACGGUGGUGGAGCGGGAAAAGGAGGAGCUGAGCAGCUUAACGGUGUCACUGCAGAGAUCCAUCCAGGAUCUGUCCCAGGAGAAGCGGCGCCGGCUGGAGCUUCUGGCAGAGAAGGAGAAGGAGGAAGAAGAGGAGGAGGAGAAGGAGGAGGCGGCCCCGGCUGCUCGGGAGGAGAAGCAGGAGGAGCGUGGAGGUGGAGAGCAGCUGGACCUGCUGCAGGAUCUGCGUCACAUCGAGGAGCAGAUGAGGAUCCUGCUGAAGGAGAAGGAGCAGGCCGACGAGAAGCUCCUGGACAACGAGCAGCGCGCCGAGGUUCUGCAGCAGGAGAGGGAGUUCUACUCCAGCCAGGCCCGGGUUCUGCAGCAGUCGCUCUCCCAGCUCUCUGUGGACAAACUGCAGACUGAAGCCGAGCUGCAGGCGGAGAUUGAGUCUCGUGUGGAGCUGGAGCGGCGGCUGAAGCAGGCGGAGGAGGCUCUGCAGGACCUGGAGAAAGGUCUGGACUGUCUGGAAAGAAGCAAAGAGCGAGACGAGAAGAUGAAGGGCGACGUGACGCAGCUGAGGAAGUUCUUCGAGGAAUGCAUCUGCGCAGCAGAAAUUGAGGCCAAGCUGCCCGCCAUCAUGAAGAACGCCGUGUACCUGCAUAAAGCGGCAGCACGCCGGAUCAAGAGCUGCAGGAUCCAGAGGAGAGCCUCCAGACGGCACUGGUUGAAACAGUCGAAGUCCUUCGCCGUCCCCGGCUCUGAUGACGGCAGCAUGGAGGAGCUGCGGGCCACGGCGCGCCGCCUGACCUCCGACAGCAGCUUUAGAGAGAGCGUGUACAAGAUCAUCACCCGCAAGGACGCCGCCGCCAGCAAGAGCCAGGAGUGAGGGGAGGAGCAGCAGGUAAAGAGGAGAAGUCCAUUCUUCUUCUACCUGAGAGGUCUUCCUCCCAAACCCAUCAGCACACGAAGCUGAAGCUUUCUGAGCACUAAAGAAUUUUUGUUUGACUCUCAGUUUAGGGAAACAAGUCUUCCGGAAAAUGUAAAAAAUGUGACAAUAAACUCUGUGAAAACGUAAA